AAGAAAGAAAAACAGAAUUGAAAUCCAAAUGUUUAAAAUAGGAAAAAUGGGAUGGGAAAUAGGGAAAAGAAAACCUUUACUAAUCAAAUCCCGCAUGCUUCCCGUCAAAAAUGAAAAUCCUACACGCUUCUGUCGUCUCCACCAGUCGUUUUUUUCGACUUCUUCCUAUCUCUCUCAACUCUCCUUACCUGCCUCGUUUCUGUUACUGAGAUCUCUUUCACUCUCACUCACUCUAAUGGCGAUGGCAGCAGCGCCAACGUCUCUGGCACUCUCUUCUUUCUGCUCAACCAAAUCCUCCUUUACAUUCAAACCAAACAAACGAAGACGGGUAGUCUGCAAAUUCAACCAUUUUACUGAAGUAGUAACCAAAGACAUGGAGUUUCUAAAGAAGGGUUUCAGUUGGGCAAGUGAAGCUCUACAUAUUCCACAAAUUUCCAAGUCUGUUGAUCACUUUGUUUGGCUUCGACACCUCGAAAACCCUCAAUCUUCCGUCCUUCAACCACAAUCUUUGCCUAAACCUUUUUAUUCAGGGUUAACUGGUGUGGAUUUGUUAAUGGCUGACCUUAAAGCGUUAGAGGCUUAUGUUAAUUACAUUUAUUAUCUUUCGAAAAUGUGGUCUAAGCCACUUCCAGAAUCUUAUGAUCCACAACAGGUUGAAGAUUAUUUCAAUUGUAGACCUCAUGUUGUUGCAUUUCGGUUUAUCGAGGUGUUUUCUUCGUUUGCCGUGGCUGCAUUAAAAAUGCGAACCUCCAAGUUCAAGUUGAAUAAAUUGGGUGUGGAUGAAAAUGGGAAUAGUAAAGAAUACUAUUUUGGGAAGCUACUGAAAGAAACGAUGCUGAAUUUGGGUCCUACUUUUAUCAAAGUUGGACAGUCCCUUUCCACAAGGCCAGAUAUAAUUGGUUCAGAAAUUUCCAAGGCGCUCUGUGAACUGCACGAUCAAAUUCCUCCAUUUCCUAGAAAUGUGGCUAUGCAGAUUAUCGAGGAAGAAUUGGGGGCUCCUGUUGACAAAGUUUUUAACUACAUCUCCGAGGAACCUGUAGCUGCUGCUUCGUUUGGUCAGGUGUACCGUGGGAGUACCUUUGAUGGUUAUAAUGUUGCAAUAAAAGUUCAGCGUCCUGACCUGCGACAUGUGGUUGUGCGAGAUAUCUACAUUCUUCGCCUUGGGCUGGGAAUACUGCAAAAAAUAGCAAAAAGAACGAAUGAUCUUCGUCUCUAUGCGGAUGAGCUUGGAAAGGGCUUAAUUGGGGAGUUGGAUUACACUCUAGAGGCCACAAAUGCUUCUGAGUUCCAGGAAGCUCAUUCUCCCUUUAAGUUUAUAUUUGUUCCAAAAAUAUAUAGGCAUUUAACACGCAAGAGAGUUCUUACCAUGGAAUGGGUGGUCGGUGAAAAUCCAAAUGAUUUACUCGCGGUAUCUACAAGAAGCUCGAUAAGUGAUGGAUCUCAGUAUUCAGAAAAGCAGCAACUCGAGGCCAAGAAGCGUUUGCUAGACAUGGUUAGCAAAGGAGUCGAAGCUUCACUUGUUCAACUUCUUGAAACUGGCAUCUUGCAUGCUGACCCUCAUCCCGGGAACUUGCGGUAUACAGCUACAGGAAAAAUUGGGUUUCUGGAUUUUGGUUUGAUUUGUCGGAUGGAGAAGAAACAUCAGUUCGCGAUGCUGGGUUCCAUCAUCCACAUAGUAAACGGGGACUGGGCCGCCCUUGUUAAUGAUCUGACUGAAAUGGAUGUUGUGAAGCCUGGGACUAACAUUCGUCUAAUGACCAUGGAUUUGGAAAAUUCUUUGGGAGAAGUAGAAUUCACAGACGGAAUUCCUGAUAUCAAGUUCAGUAGGGUUCUUGGUAAAAUCUGGUCUACAGCCGUCAAGUAUCACUGUCGAAUGCCUCCAUACUUUACACUCGUUUUACGAUCCCUGGCGUCCUUGGAAGGAUUGGCGGUUGCUGCAGAUCAAGAUUUUAAGACAUUUGAGUCAGCAUACCCAUAUGUUGCCCAGAAACUUCUCACUGAUAAUUCAGCUCCAUCUAGAAGGCUUUUACAUUCGGUUGUUUUCAACAAAAGGAAGGAAUUCCAGUGGAAAAGGCUUCAACUGUUUCUAAGAGUUGGUGCAACUAGAAAUGGUUUACAAAGGGUUACCUCAUCAAAAUAUGAUACUUCAAAGGAGAGUUCUCCAAGUGGACUUAAUGGUUUAAUUGAUUUAGCAAACUUAAUCCUGAGACUCUUACCGUCAAAAGAUGGUGCUGUCCUUAGAAGACUCCUGGUGACUGCAGAUGGGCCUUCUCUGGUUCGAGCUAUGGUGUCAAAGGAGGCAUUGUUGUUCCGUCAACAGAUUGGUAAAGCUCUUGCUGAUUUGCUUUACCAAUGGAUGAGUGAAGCUCUUGGACAGGGUAAUACCACAAAUGCUUACAACUCUCGACCAAGAAUGGCAAGUGGACCCCAAAACAAAGAUGCUGGUCUAGCAACUGGUCUCCCUGUUUCACUCCAUGACUACCAGUCUUUACUUAGAGAUCGUCGGUUGAAACUUAUUUUUUCCAAGGUACUAGAGUCAACGAGGAGAGAGCAACCUCAUUUGAUGAUCAAAUUUGGAUGGGUUUCAUUAAUGAUGUUCUUAACAGCUUCAGCCUUGGCUUGUCAUCGCGUUCUAGUUUCAUGGUCAGAAAUGUAUUUUACUCCUUUAUCUUUUUCUACUUCUCCUCAGUUUGCAGUCAGUGUGUAAAUGUGUAUAAACGUAUAUAUAUUCCAAGUAAAUAAGCAUUCAAAGCUUUUACAUUCAUUGGUGAAA